AUGACGGCUUCUAACGUUGGGGGAGCUGUGUCAGCAGCAGCAGCGACCGCUGGAGAUACCAUUGAUCGAGUGGUGCUUAAGGAGGUUGAUCAGUGGAUCGAGCAGCUUUACGAAUGUAAGCAGCUUACCGAGGCCCAAGUGAAGACUUUAUGUGAUAAGGCAAAAAGGGGAAGGUCGCAGCAGCAGCAGCAGUCCUGGUGCGUGUUCUUUGCUGGCUUGUUGCCGAAACGGGCCUUAGGUCCAGGAUGGCAGGUGUCGCUUUCAAGGAGUGCUGCUGCUGCUGCUGCUGCUGCUGCUUUGAUGCCUGCUCCCUCAUCGGAAUUGGGCUGA